AUAAAUUCUGAAGGAUCAUCUUCUCAUCUUAAUUAUCUUCUGAGGAUCAUUCACUGACAGGCGCAAUUUUACAACUUCUGCAGUGAUGGCCACGAUGAAGACUCUUCUGUUAGUUUGCUCAGUGAUUUCUUUAGGCUUUCUUUACGGUGUACAAGGUCAACGGUGCCCUGUUGGAACUAAAAUAUCAAAUUGUUAUGGUUGUUGGUCUAAAUGUCCGGAUAAACCUUGUAUCCAAGCUUGUACAAGAGGCUGUGUGUGUGCACAGGCUGGAUAUCUUAUAGGUCCUAAUGGCAAAUGUAUUCCAGAGCAAGAAUGUCCAAAGGUGAAAUCUUAAGAUGAAGGCAAGAAACCUCUGAUCAAAGGAAGACAACAUUGACGUCUCAGAGAAGAUUUGUUCCUAGUCCUGAGAAAAAAUAUGGAUAAAAUAAAAUUGCAUGUGUAACAAUUCUAACUAUUAUACCCAAUAAACCAUUGAUAGCAUCGUAA